AGACCCGGAUGAUGCUGACGGGCUCCUCCUCCUCGCCCUUCGCCUCCAUCGAGUCAGUCCUGUACCAAACCCUGUUUUCCGGUCGUUCCUCGCACGCCGCUCUCACUGGUUACCUCAAGAAGGCGUGCAGCGAUAACGGCACAACGGGAACGCCUCACCCCUCAGCCAAAGAGUGCGGCGAGAACGGAUCGUCCGGGCAGCACAGCGCCACCUCUUCCGUCAGGGGACGAGGCGGCUCGCUGAAAACCAAAGACGAGCCGGAGAACGCGGAGACUGCAGACACGAAGAAGAUCAACUAGUCGCCCUCUGCUCUGAAGUGCCUUUUUAUCUCAAAGCAGAGCUGUUGAAUGGAGUUGUAUUUUUCUAAACGCAUCUCGGUUGUAGUGACUAAAACAACUUUUUCGAACUGUUCUGAAGAGGUGAAUCCCACCACUGCUGCACUUUAUUCUGGGAUCAUCACCCACCGGGACAGGAUGUGAACACCACCAUUUAUUUGUUUGAACAUCUGUACAAAGUGUAGCUCCUUUAUUUUUCUAAAGAUAUAUUUUUAAGACUAAACUGUUUCUCUUUCUAUUCCACGGUGUUGGGGACCAGUGCUGCGCACCUACCUUCUUUCUAUAUAUUCUACUUAGACUUUAAUAUAUAUUUGACAUUCAGAUGUUUUAUCAUAUUUACACUAAAUACCUGUACUCUUGAAUGUAAAUUAUCUAGGAGUGGAGUGCAGUUUUAUUGCUGAGA